AUGAUGAUUGCCGGGGCGGACGGUGGUGAUGAUCAGCGUGAUUUGACGCGCCUUAGGACUGAUCAAGCUCACGACAAUCGCGAAAAUCGCGACGAUCGCAACACUGGCGACGACAAUCAACGACCUCAAGAUACGACUCCCGAACCGCCACGUUCCGCGCCGCGGUCAAGCAGAAUGCAACGAACUUGGCUCGCCUCCGCCGCCGACAGAGGCGCGGCGGCAGCGGCUUUCACGCGAGAUCCCCUGCAAAUCUUUCAGCAGGCCACCGCGUCUCAAGCCGCCAUUCACGGCGCGUCUCGCGCCGCUAUGCCCGCUCCAAUGCCGUUUCCAACCGCUCAGGCCGCAGCCGCGGCCGGGUUUCGCACGGAAUUGGCUCCCGCGGCGCCGUUUUCGUCGCCGGGUAUCACGGCGGGCGUCGCGCCCGCGCCGUUUUCGGCGUUCACCGCACCGUCCGCUCUGUGGAGCGCAUUGGCGCAACAGAUCUCGUCCGCGCAGCAGAUCUCGUCCGCGCAGCAGAUCUCGUCCGCGCAGCAGCAGCGGCAAUUGUCGGCGGAACAGCGCUCGUUUGCGCAACAGAUCUUCUCAGCGCAACAUCUCUCGUCCGCGCAACAGAUCUCAUCGGCGCAACAGCUCUCAUCCGCGCAACAGAUCUCAUCGGCGCAACAGCUCUCAUCCGCGCAACAGAUCUCAUCGGCGCAACAGCAGCGACAAACGUCGGCGGAACAACUGCUCGCGUCGGCAGAGCAGCUGCGAAUGUCGUCCGCCAUCGCCGCAACUUCCGCCGGAAGCGGCGCUGCCGCCGGCGGCGGACGCGUCGGCGACGACGCGACUUCGCGGGGAGUCGCAGCAUUGCGACCGCCGCCCAGCGGGCGACCGCCGGACGAUUCCGGCGAACCGUCGCUUGAGCUGAGCGAUUGGCUUACGCGAAUAACACGUAUCCCUGAUCCUUUGGGUGGUAUGCGCAGUGGUAGCACGGUUUCCGGCGAGAAGCAGCAUAACGCGGCCGCUGGUGGCACUUCUGCUUCUGCCGGUGUGCUUGACACGAGAUCGCCCACUGGACGAAGCGCGUCACACGCCGUCGGCGGCGGAAACGUGCGAAAAGGCGGCGGAAACUGGAUGGGGCGGGACGGCGGGAGCGGAACGGGAAGUGCUGCGGAAGGCGCAAGGGACAGAGACGAAAAGGUUUCGUUUCCGCGAGGGGAGAGAAAGAGCGACGCGCUUCCCUGGGAGUUCUGCUUCCGCGGGGGGAGCUUCCGCGCGUCGCCCACCGAGCGCGCAACGCCCGGCGCCGCGAAGGGGGAGGGCGCCUCGGCGACUCCGCAUGAGCUCCGCGCAGCACAGGGGAGCGCAACGAGUGCGGGCGGGUUUACUACCGCGGGCGGCGGCGGAAGGGUGGGUGGCGCGGAUUUAGCGUGGGGUGCGGCGGGAGGAGGUUUCCUCCCGCAUGGCGCAAGCGCGAGCGCGAACGUGAGCGCGAGCGUGGGCGGAGAGAGCGCAGAGGGGCGCAUGGAACGAAGCCGCAGCGGCAGAUCAACGGAUGGGAACGAUCGACAGGUGCGGCAUGAUAAUGCUACACCGGCAGCGGCAGCUGCAACAGCAGGGGCGACAGCAGCGGCGACAGCAGGGGUAACGACAACAGACACACAGGCAGGUACCCCUACGGCAACUCCAAGGUCUACUGCUAUUUCUAAAUCGGCACGGGCAGGAUUCGCAGAGGGAACGGGAGCUUCAGGGCGAGAUUUGACCGACGCUUCUGGAUUGCCACGUUGGGGAGCAGCAGCAAAAGCAGACCCGGCUGGAACAGCAGGUGCCAGGGGGUUUGGGGCCUAUGCGGGCCUUCAAAGGCUUCAGGAUAUUCAGGAGAUUCAGGGGAUUCAGGGGAUUCAAGAGGGGUUUGCGGGGUUUGGAGGUGGUGGUGAAUCGUUUGAAGGGCGUGUUCCAACAGCAACCCUAGAACCAACGUCCCCUGCUGUUCAAUUCGCAGCAGCGGGGGCCGCAGCUGCUGCUGCCGCUGCCGCUGAUGACGCUGCUGCUGCUGCUGCUGCUGAUGCCACUGCGGUUGCCAGUGCUGAUCUCGUACCUCUUUCCACAGCAGGCUCAGACUCGCUUGGUUCGGCAGAGGUUCGGUCACCCCCCGGCCUCGCCCAGCGGCGGUUGUUCAGCCUUGGAGGGCCUUCCCUGUCCCCGCUGCUAGACUCAACUGCCUGGCCACUCGCAGGUGCGGCAGAGAACCGACCCUGGAUCCGAGGUUCGGGGCCGCACGAGUGCAAGGUUUGCCACAUGCGGUUCCCGACCCUGCAUGCAUUGGGUGGGCACCAAAACGGGCACAAAGAACUACGGCUGCAGCGACAGCAGGAAAAGGCGGCAAAAGCAGCGGCUGCUGCUGCAGGUGCUGGUGGUGCUGGUACUACUGGUGGGAAAGGAGGUGGGGAAAGGAGGAGCAGAGCGACGAAGCCGCAGGGUGAAAUCGUUGCUGCUGUAGGAGCGAAGCAAGGAGAGAGCAGAUCCAUGCUGGCCGUUGAGUCGACUCAGAAGUCACCUGGGAAGCAGCAAGGCAGCAGAGGCGUUACUGCUGCUGCUGCUGCUGUAGCAGCAAAGCAGGAUGAGGCUGCAUUGAUAGCACAAAAGGAAGCAGAGAGAGGGGGAAGAGGUGGAGGAGGAGAAAGAGCAAGAAAACAGCAAGACGCGGGAAGGCAACAACAAGACGCAGCAAGCCAGCAAGUUCAAAUGCAAGAUGCACCUGCAAGGCAUGACUCUCCACCCAGGCAGGACACCACCCCGCGCAAAGACGGCACACCGAAAAAGAAAGGCACGCCGCAGAAGCAAGAGAUUGCUCAGAGGGAGCGAGAAACGGCCAAGCGCAGGGAAGAAACGGAGUCACGCACGUUACAACCAGGCACGUUACGAGGAGGCAGCAUGGGUACAGCGUCUCUCCCUUUCACUGUGAUUCAACAGCCGGUUACCGUUACAAUGGGCGAGGUGAAACCUGAGCCGGUGGAUGCUGGCCAUCCGACCGUUGGAUGGAGGGGACGAGCCGUGGGAAGCGAUCCUGAGCGUUCGAUGGGAGAGCGAGGAGAGGGUGAUGUGAGUGCUCAGCAGUGGGAGGAGCGGUUGGGAUGCGGACAAGACACGCCGACCAGGAGUGUGCUGGAGAGUAUUUUCGGUGGGCUGACUGCUCCUUCUCCACCUGCUGGUGACUUGGAGCGGUUGCAACAACAACGUGAGCAACAACGGCAGCAGCAACAGAUUGAACAAAUUGAACAGAUGGUGCAGCAGCAGCAGCACCAUCGCCAAGACCAGGAGCAGACGCGGCCACGACCGUGGGAGCAAGAGGCGCUGCAGGAGAGAGGGCAAAACCGUCAGGAGCUGCUGGCAGAAGCAGGGAGAGGAGGAGGAGGAGAAGGAGCAGGAGCAGGAGGGGCAGGACGAGGAGGAGGAGGGGUGGAAGGAGCAGGAACAGAAAGGAGGCUGCGAGAAGCUUCCGGAACACAUGCCGCAUUACCAGAGCAACCAGAAAACCCAGGGCCCUCAGGGCACCCAGGGCACCCAGGGCACCCAGCACAACCAGGGCAGCACCAGCACCACCAGUCUGUAGAGCAGUGGGGGCAGCAGUUCAAGCACCCCAAGCAGCACUCCGCUCCGGCUGCAGAGCAGCGCGGCACAUCUCCCUUGCCUGGAGGAGCCCUCCCCGUGCUGCUGCCAGAGCAGCAUCCUCGUUAUAGGGAUGCAGCAUCGCCGCAGCUGAGGCCGAAACGCGAAGCUUGUGAAGCUGGGGAGGAAGCAGCGGGAGAGGGGGGAGUUGCCUCGGGGGAUGCGAGGAGGAGAAGGAUUUCCAUGGACCGCGGGUUUGUGUCACCCAGGGUUGCAGACGGUGCGACUUACGACGCGACUCAAAGCGCGACUCACGGCGCAACGCAGACCGCGACUCGCAGCGCUAUUCAGAUCGCAACCGACAACGCGAUUCAAGUUGCAACACACAGCGCGAUUCAAAUCGCGACUCGCAGCGCGAUUCAGAGCGUGACUCACAGCGUGAUUCACAGCGCAAAUCACGGCACACCCCGCAAGGCAUCUGACUUUUUGCCUUCAAAGGGACCCUCGGAAUUGCCUCUACCAGCACCCGCCUCAGUCCCAGCAGCAGCAUCAGCAGCAGCAGCAUCAGCAGCAGCAACAGCAUCAGUCUCCCAGCAAACGACAGGCGCCUUCGCUGCCGGAUCACAAUGGUUCCCUGCCUCCCAGGCGACUGUGUCCAAGUCAUUAGCACACUACGCAGUGCUCUCGAAAUGGGCUGCGGAAUCCAGUGGGGGGAGAGAGGCCAACUUGUCGGCAGCAGCAGGAGCAGGAUCCAUUCAAGGGGAUCAGCCACAGCAACGCUUGGCGGACGACGCACCGGGAGGGGCAGGGGCAGAUUCGAUGCACCCAGGAGCCAGGCCGGAUUGGAUGCGCCCGGCUGCCGCCUCCUCUGCCUCAGCUCUUGAACCACCCUCGGAAAAGCCAUUUCAUCUCGCGCGAAGACCGCAGCAGCGUUUGGGAGAGGACUUGUCGGAACGAGGAGGUCUGAAUCCCAAGUGGAUGCGCCCAUCCUCAGCUGGGUCGUCCUCUUCGGCUUUAACUUCGGAUUUCACCCCCAGUCAGCCCGCCCGUGCUGCUGAUAGCUCCAUUGCUGCUCUGCUGUCGUCGCAGGGACGGUCACGGGGUGGGGAAGUCGAUUGGAGUGCUGGUGGUUCGGCAGGUGGUAUGCUGUCUCCACGGGAGAUGCACGAGUUUGUAAACUUGGGCGAACACCACAGCGAUACACGUAGGGAGAACGAGCAGCUUCGCUAUAAGAUUCUCCAGCAACAGCAAGCGGAUCGCGGAUUACCAGUGGAUAUGCAGCAGCAACAGCACCAAAAGGGUGUAGAUUGUAGUGAUCAGGCAGAGAGAAGCCAGGAUGCUGCAGUUGAGCCUCAGAGGCAAGAGGAUGCAGUAGCUGAUACUGAAGCUGGUGCUAGGUUAGAUUUAAAACUGUCCCUGUGA